AUGGAGCACGGCAAGGACGAGACGCGGGAGCCCACCAAAAGAAAGAGGAUAAAACAGGCAUGUGAUUAUUGUCGUUCUAAAAAAGCCAAGUGUGAUGGAAUAUCACCAUCAUGUACCAACUGUACCACUAAUGGUGAGAAUUGUACUUAUACAUACUCUUCCAAAAGGCGAGGAUUACCAACUGGGUAUACCCACGAUCUAGAAAAGAAGGUCGCCAUACUUCAGGCAGUGAUUGCAAGUACUAUACAACAACGCCCAGAAUUUGAAAGUGCUAUAUGGGAGAGUUUAAAAAGUCAACACAACUUGAUUGCUAAUUUGCGAGAGUUGAAUGAGUUAUGGAAUAACCAUUCAAUAUCCAAGUACAUUGAAACUGUUCUGCAUCAGGAAUCUCCAGCAUUGAAGAGCUUCAAAAGUGUAGGGUUACUCAAAUCCGAAACAUCCAGUGGUGCUAAUGAGGAUGAUUUAGGUAGCAAAUUACAGCUGCCACCAAAUAGCUCGAGUAAUAAUUUCGUUCAUGACCAUGUGAAACAAGAGAAAGUUUCAUUAUUGACUGAACAAGUUGGGACUACGUCAACAUUGAACAACGCCAGCUGCACAACACAAGUACUACCUCAUCCACAACCACAAGAACACCAUAUACCACAGUUUGCAAAUAAUAUAUCGACCUCAUCAGGAAUGUAUGAAACCAACAACUUUGUCAACGAUCCAUCAUUAUUUUUGAACUACGACAUAUUCCAAUUCAUUUCCGACGAAAUAGAGUCCUCUGGUGGUGCAGAAAACUGGGAGCCAGUUGCAUUACAAUACCAUGGAUUAUCGUCCAUUAUAUCUGGAUUCACAAACAAAGCUAUUCAACAAAACUACAAAAGGAAGCCGAAUAGGAAAAAUCCUUUUCGAGUAGGAUCUAUAUUCAAUGUUUCUUCAUUUGCAAUUAGUGCUAACCUUCAGGAUAAGUUACAACUACCGCAUGAGAUUUUCCAAUUUCCUCCAAAUGUUCGUAUGCUUGUAGAUCACUACUUUCAAAUUUUUCAUGUUUUGAUCCCCAUGUUGGAUAAAAUCAACAUUAAAAGACAACUACAUCACCUCCAGCUGCCAAACAGUGAUGCCAGGCAAAUUGAUUGUAACUUGGUGGCCCUUAUAUGGGCAGUUGUAGCCCUUGGUGAAGCUAGUUCUAAUGUAACAGGUGAUUUUUCAGCUGGAUUAACCUACGCCAAGAAUUCUAUUUUAGCCUUGGAAAACUCAUUGACAUCAACAAUCGAGACUAUGCAAGCAAUGUUGAUUUUAGGUUUGUUUUAUUACCAAGCAGGUCAAUGGGAUUAUUCAUGGGUUUUGAUCAGCUCUAGUUCGAGAAUGGCCAUUGAUGUUCGAUUAAUGAGAACGGCUACUGAUGAAGAAAGCAGCAAAUAUCAAACAAGCGCUACGUUGAACAACAUAAGUAGGCAGAGAACUUGGGCUACUGUUUAUGUGAUAAAUACUUUAUUAUCAGCAAGGAUGGGUCGGUCGCCAGUGGUACGAGCAGCUGAUUGGCCCAUUCCACAAAUAGAUACUGAUGGUUGGGAGGAAUGGGACUCUUGGGAGUAUUAUCAUUCCUCUGAAUCCAUACGGCUUGAUCAUGGACGCUUCUUGUCCAAUUUCAACCAAUUUGUGAAGAUUGUAUCUAUUUUGAAUCUCGCUAUUACGUCAACAAUCAACACAACUACAGGAGUCAUUGACGAUGGUGUUGUUGGUGGGAAAAUUAAUUAUGACGAUCGAAAGAACCCCAGUAGUAUGACCAUGAGCAACUUUGAAACCAAAAUUAAUGAAUUCGUUCGAAACAUGCCCGACUAUUGUCGCUUGAAAGAGCAUUCCAAUCCACCACCAUAUCUAGCUAUUGAAGGAGUCAAACAGUUAGUUUGGUGUGUAUUGGUUGUAAGAUUGAGCUCGUUAAAAGGAAACAAUGAUGCACAUGAGAUGUUGAUAAGAGCAAGAAACAAGCAAUACACUAAGGCUAUCCUGGUGUUGCGUAAAGUCUAUAGACCUGAAGUUGUCAAGAUUAUUAAGAUGUAUCCUUUUGUUGAUUAUUUUCUAACAAUGGCAUUGAACUUUCCCCAAAUGAUGGAAUUUGCAACUGAUCAUGAAAAAGUGAUGCAUUGUCGUGAAGUUAGAAGCUUGUUACUCCAAAAUGCUGCAACUUCACCGCCAAUGAGAAUCUCGGUUGAAAUUUCGCAACAAAUGAAUUUGGAUCAAUUGCAAUUUGAUACACCAAAAGCUCAAGAGAGUCCAACCAUCGCUAAUUUAUUGAAUUCACCGUCUAAUGAGCCACAAGGAGUUGAGGUAGUGGGACUGCAUUCACUGGUGACAAAGAAGGAAGAAGAAGAAGAAAGCGUGGUUGGUCAGCGGGAUCCAGGGGAGGAAGAUGAGGAAGUCGAAAGUCAAGCUCGUGCAUUAUUAACUGGUGUUAAUGCUUUGAGCCCGCCACCUGGUAGUAAUGGAUACAAGGACAAAUUAAGCUCCACUCCUUCAUCUGCUAGGUUUGAAGAAGUGAAUGAGCAGCACCAGUUUUCAGUGGCUAAUGAGCCCGCAAUGCAACCUAUUCAGUCGAUGCAGCCAGUACAACAGAUGCAACCAAUGCAACCAAUACAACUAGUGCAACCAGUGCAACCAGUGCAACCAGUGCAACCAGUGCAACCAUAUCAAAGCCCUCUUUAUCCUGGACCCCAAAAGAACUUUCAGUUUUAUCAAAACCAGCAUUGGACUCCGUCCGAGAACAAUAACAUUCAACAUCGACAUUAA